GUCUCCCAAGCUAUACCCCAAUGUCAAAAAUAUAAUUUUAGGUUAGAGCAUUAUGAAAUUUAUAAUUUAUUAAAAAUAGUUUUAAAAUAAAAUGAAUAAAACAAUUAUAAACAAAAUAAAACCGUUUUACAGAACUUGUUUCGACAAAGGGUAUUUAGUAUGUAGUAAAAAGACUAUGUGCACACAGAAAAAUGCUAUCGAUAAAUCAUUUAAAGAGAAAAUCAACAAUGGCCCGAAUUUACUACAUUUUCUUAAAAAUAAUCAACAAAAAGAAGUAACAUGUCAACAAUAUGAUUACGAAGAUGUACCUUAUGUUGUUAAUUUAUCUAAUAAACCGAGAAAAGUGUAUUUUGAUGUAUACGGAUGCCAGAUGAACGUGAACGACACCGAAAUUGUUUAUUCGAUCUUAAAAGAUAAUAAUUUUGAACGUACAUUAGAUAUCGUCGAAGCUGAUGUUGUUCUAAUAAUGACUUGUGCUAUUAGAGACAGCGCGGAAGAAAAAAUUUGGGGACGACUCAGAUUUAUGAAAGGCAUAAAACAAUCUCGUAAAAAAGAUCGACCAAAGUUAAAAAUAGGAAUAUUAGGAUGUAUGGCUGAGAGACUUAAAGAAAAGGUUUUAGAAAAGAAUUCUUUGGUUGAUGUAGUAGCCGGUCCUGAUAGCUACAGGCAUCUUCCUAGGUUAUUAAGUCUAACAGAAAAUGAUCAAAAAUCUAUAAAUGUCGUUUUAUCAUUCGAAGAAACAUAUGCAGACAUAGCACCUGUUCGAUUGAAUGAAAAUUCGAUAUCUGCUUUUGUGUCUAUAAUGAGAGGCUGUGAUAACAUGUGUACUUAUUGUAUAGUACCGUUUACUAGAGGAAGGGAGAGAUCGCGACCCAUAACAUCUGUUUUACGUGAAGUAGAAUAUUUAUCUAAACAAGGUGUAAAAGAAGUUACAUUACUCGGUCAAAAUGUUAAUAGUUACAGGGAUACUUCCGUAGAUAAUAAAUUAGAUAAUAUAACCACUUUAGCUAACGGUUUCAAAACUGUAUAUAAACCUAAAAAAGGCGGUCUCAGAUUUGCAGAUCUACUUAAAGAAGUCGCUAAAGUGGAUUCUGAAAUGAGAAUUAGAUUCACUUCACCGCAUCCAAAGGAUUUUCCCGAUGAAGUUUUAGAGGCAAUACAUUCACAUCGUAACGUAUGUAAAUACUUACACAUGCCUGCUCAAUCUGGUAGUACUGCAGUUUUGGAUAGAAUGAGAAGAGGUUACACUAGAGAAGCUUAUAUAGAGUUAAUCAAACAUAUACGUAAUAUGAUACCAGAUGUUGCUUUGAGCUCGGAUUUUAUUUGUGGGUUUUGUGGAGAAACCGAUGAAGAAUUUGAAGAAACUCUAUCACUUAUUGACGAAAUCAAAUAUAAUACAGCUUUCCUUUUUGCUUAUAGUAUGAGGGAAAAAACUACAGCUCAUAGGAGGUAUAAAGAUGAUGUACCAGCAGAAAUUAAACAAUAUAGGUUGAAAAAAAUGAUAGAAACGUUCAGGAGAAACGCGGAAAAGAUAAACCAAUCCCAGAUAGGAAAGAAUCAAAUUGUUUUAAUCGAAGGUAUUAGUAAACGAUCUACAAAAUUUUUACAAGGACGAAACGAUCAAAAUAUUAGAGUUAUUAUACCACCGAUGAAAGUUCCUUAUCAGAAUGGAGAUUCCUUGAAGGAUAUAAAUCAAGGAGAUUAUGUAGUAGUUCGAGUGAAUGAAGCUAAUUCGCAAACGUUAAGAGCUGUUCCUUUGUAUGUAACUAAUCUUCGGGAUAGUUAAAAAUAGAAAUAGGAAAUAAAAUGUUUUAUCGAUGAAAAUACUGUUUGAUUUUGAAUCCACAACAUACAGAUCCAAUAUGUCCUGAUGAUUUAAAUCGAUGACAAAACUUUGUCAUUUGAUGGAAAAUAACUAAAUACUCGAUAUAAUUACAAAAAAAACUGUUUUUUAUAUCAUAUGUACACAAUUCAUAGAAGUAUACUGAUAGUAGAUCAAAUGUACCAUAUCUUGUAGAACAUUUUUCUUGAAAUAUUUGUAGUAGGUUGGAUUUAAAAUAGUGUAAAUGGUCGAUAAGCACGAGAGAUCGAUAAGUAUUAGUGGUAGGGAGGGAAAUAAAAGGCGCAAUAACUUAAAAUACCAAUUUAAUUAAAUCAAUAUAGCAUACAACACAGUUGUAGUAAUGUAUUACGAUAAUAUCUAUAAAUUAAAAUAUUAACGAGAAUCCGUAUUGAAUUUGACCGUUCAAAAUACGAAUUUCAAUGCUUCUCAACAAAUCUUUUCAAAAUAAAAAAAAUCUACAAUAUAAAAUGUCAAGCAAUGAGAAUUUUGUGAUGCGAUUCAGUCUUAUGUCUCGUUCAAAUAACCACUCGCUUAUAAUUUUGUCAAAAAUAAUGUCCUGUUGAAGUAGAUAUUAAAAAAAAUUGUUAUUUGAUGAAAAAAUCCUUUAAAUAAUCGAUAGGAUUUGAAAAAACUGUAUUUUAUGUCAUAUUUACACAUAUACUGAUAGUAGUUCAAAUGUACCAUCAUUCGUAGAACAUUUUUCUUGGAAUAUUCGAAAUUGAUUGGACAUAAACUAGUGUAAAUAGUCGAUAAGGAUGAGAUAUGAAACUAAAAACAUUGUGAUCUCACUAAAUGAAGGAAUCUAUAGUGAAAUAUCGAGCAGUGAGAAAUUUGUUAUUCGAUUUACUCUUAUAUUCCAUUCUAACAAUAAUUAGUUCAAAAAAAAAUAAAUUUUGAUUGAAAAUACUCUUAAUAGUGUAUAGAAUUGAAAAAAACUGUUUUUUAUAUAAAAUAAAUACAAUUUUAGAUAUCAUGGAAGUAAAACAUACAUGAAUAUAAUAAAAGUAGUUCAAAUGUACUCUCCCUUGUAGAAGUAAGAAAAGCACGAUAGAUAAGUAUGAAAACAUGUAUAAUACCAAGUAAUAUUCAAUAUAACAUCAUAAUUAGCAUUUUUAACUUGUCGAAUGACAAAAAUUUUGUAUCGAAACUGUAAACUAACUUCUAAUUUAAUAUCCUCUAUCAGUUUUAAUGAUUAUACAACAUACUAAUAUUGGUAGUAGUUCAAAUGUACUUUGUCUUUAAAUAUUUUACGUUUAUUGAAAAUUAGAUGGCGCGAGUGGUAGAUAAGUACGAGAAACAAGCCCAUAACAAAUGGAAUGAAUAUACUGUAAUUUAAAUGUAUUACUAAUUGGAAAUAUUAUUAAGUGAUACACUGAGACUGCACUACAUGUAUUAUGAAAGGCCGAAAGAAUGUUUGAUGUCCGAUCAGAUCACCCUGUAUAAGAUGUAUAAUUGGUCCUUUGAACUGGACGAUUUUCAUUUAAAUAUAAUAGUACAGGAUAUUUUGAUUGUAUGUGACAUUUUUUCUGCCUGUCAAAUUUAUCCUCGUUUUUUUGUGACAUACAUUUUGCUUACGAUAAAAAAAAUUAUUUUAUACAAACAAUUUGUCCUUAACUUUUAUUAAUGAAUAUAUCUUGUGAAUAAGUG